AUGUCAAUGAAUAUAUCUCUAAUAAAUACACUAUACAGAGUAUUAUCGCUAAGAUUUCUAUCAAUCAUACCAUCCAAAGUCUUCUUCCUGAUGCAGGUGACUUCGGAGAAAUAUCCUUCUUCGAAUGAUGAACACAGUUCUGCAGAUUACGAUGUGAAACACCCUUUCGUAAGUCCAGGAAAUCACCCUCCAGCACAUUUCAAAAAACAUAUGUCCCCUCUGAGAUUUAAAUGUCGUCAAUUCUUACUUCAGUACACUGUUAAUCAAUCCGAGACCAUCCAUGGAUGGCAGCAGAAAUAUGCGACGCCCUUUAGAGAUCUUUACUUUGCAUAUACGGCGUUACUUGGUUCACAUAUGUUCUACGUGGUGGCAUUACCCAUUCCCUCAUGGUUAGGUUAUAACAAAGUUACAUUGGACUUGGUUUACAUAAUAGGCUACUCUAUUUAUUUAAGUGGUUACCUGAAAGACCUUCUAUGCCUGCCUAGGCCACAAUCGCCUCCAUGCAAUAGAAUUGCAUUGAGCAAGUACACAGCUAACGAAUAUGGCGCACCAAGCUCACACUGUGCAAAUGCCACAGGAGUAACAUUACUAAUAUUUCAGUAUUUGUGGAAUAGUCACGAAGAAUUGGGUCUAGGACUAUCUUUACUAAUUGCACUUUUUAACUUGGCAUACUACUGGACCUUGACUUUGGGUCGCAUCUAUUGCGGAAUGCACGGUCUUUUAGACAUCAUUGCUGGCUCAGUUAUUGGUGUUUUUUGUUUCGCAGUCAGAUUUUACACCAGGGAAUACCUAAAUUAUGAUAGCCUGGUUCAAUCCGCAGGCUGGUGGUACCCGGUUCUAUCCACAGUCGUUGGUUUGGCGUUAUUGUUAAAACAUAUAAACCCUGUGGAUAGUUGUCCGUGCUUCGAAGAUAGCGUCGCCUUUGUCGGCGUUAUUGCUGGUAUUGCAUUCAGUGACUGGGCCUUUCCUCGAAUCUAUAACAUAGCACACAAUGAUUACUUGUCAUCCAACUUGUCUCUCAGAAUAAGCAUAGCUCGAACACUUGUUGGUAUUUUACUUGUUCUACUAUGGAAGUCUCUAAUUGCUAAGAGGCUAUUAUAUACCAUACCAACCCUUCUAAUGGCCCAUGACGAGAAACCACAACCUGCUUCUGGUACCAGAAUUACCGAAGAAGUUGAAUUAUAUACUCCAGAGCCAAAAUCCCAGAUAUUCUGCAGAUUCUUCGUCUAUUUUGGAAUACCAGUCACUGUAGUAAUCAUGUGUCCGUGUGUGUUUAAGCUGUUGAACCUGUGA